CUUUAGCACACAGUGAGUAUAAUAAGAAAAAAGGUUUAUAAAUAAAAACCAAGGAGACUGUGACUUCCUUGUCUCCUUCCUCCUACAGCUGGACUCCUUCUGCUCUUUCUUGACUUUAUCAAAGAGGAAACAACUUUUAAAGAUUCUCUCUGCUGUUCACUUCAAAGGAUCAGAGUCCUUCUAUGUGCUUGUUGGCAUCUAACUGCACAUGUCCUCCAUUAGAGUCCAUUCUUUUCCUGGGCUGGUCAUUCAUGUGUAUCAGCGGACACUUGUUUUGUCGGCAGCUGUGUUUUUACGCCAGUUGACAUCCACCAUGUUGGCGUUGUUGACUUACUCGGGCAGGGAUGACCUGAGUGUAACUCACACCUACAGCCAGCAGGCUCUGCUGCCACCUGUGGCCAAGGGCAGACAGGACAACCCACAUAGACCCAACCAGUCUAAACAUACGAUGUUUCCUCCAGUCUGGCCGUACCUGCAGCUCGGUGCUAAAAGUCAAAGAGCCGUCCUUCCGCCCAUCAGUAAGGGCCGUCAGGAGCACGCUCCAGGCUCCAGGUCCAGCCCCUCCAAGCAUCUGUUGUUGCCACCAAUCAGCAAGUCCCCACAGUAUACCAGCAGAAGUCAACGAGCUCUGCCGCCCACUGUCCCCAAGGGCCAACAGGAGUAUCUGCGGGGGCCCAGCCCAUGUAAGAAUACUACGUUACCACCAAUCAGCAAGUGCCCACUCUAUAGUAGCAAAGGUCAGCAAGCUGAUCUGCCCCCGGUCUCCAAGGGCCGACAGAAUUACCUCCGGCAGUUUCUGACAGAUUACGAGCUGGACGAGAUCAAGCACUACAGACAGGUGUGGUACAUGGGAGAGAAGUUGGUCAAGGUUCACGGUCAGGUGGCCAAGUACGGCUUCGACACCAAGGAAGGAUACUACAGAGCAUUCAUCAACGACCACUUGGCCUACCGCUUUCAAAUACUGAAGGUGCUCGGAGAGGGCUCCUCUGGACAGGUCCUCAAAUGCAUGGACCACAAGUCCAAAGAACACGUGGCAGUCAAGAUCAUUCGAAACAGUGACAGGAUUCAUCAGGUGGGCAGGGCCGAGGUCAACAUGUUGAAGGCCCUGGGGAAGUCGGACCACAACAAAAUGGCAAACAUCGUCCACAUGAAGGAGAACUUUUAUUUCCGCAGUCACCUCUGCAUCACUUUUGAACUCCUGGGAAAAGAUCUUCGUCAAGCCCUGAGAUCCUCUUCCAAAUACAAGAUCAGUGACGAGGAGCUGAGGAAAUACACGAUGGACAUGCUGACCUGUCUGCAGCUGCUUAAAAACAACGGCAUCGUCCACAGUGACCUCAAACCGGUCAAUAUUUUACUUUACAAAAAGAAUGAAGAAAAACACGCAGCCGUCGGCGACUUUGGUGGGAGUUACUUUGUGGAAACGACAAGUAAACCCAUCACGUUCACAGUUAACUACGCCUCCCCAGAGGUGCUGCUGGGAAAGAGCUGCGGUCCAGCGGCCGACAUGUGGAGCCUGGGCUGCACCAUAGCAGAGGUCUACCUGGGCCACCGUCUGUUUGCGGGACAUAACUUUGUCCACCAGUUUGACUGUAUCAUGGAGGUGCUGGGUCUCCCUCCUGCAGCCCAACUGGUCAACGCUCCGAGGAAAAACAUGUUCUUUGAUAACGGAGGAAUCCCUCUGAAGAUUGAACACAUCAUAAGUCACAGGACCAAUCUGACCAGACGGUUGAAUUCAACCAACGACUACUUUGUCAAUUUUAUCAAACGUUGCCUCGAGUACGACCCACUGAAGAGGAUGACACCAGCGGAGGCCAUGCAGCAUCCAUGGAUCCGCCAAGCUGGCACUAAAUCUGAGACGUGUGCAGAAAUCACAGUGUCUCCCUGCAUCGCCAAGCCGGUCCUGCUGAGGAGAAACAAACCGUCGCCUGUGAGGCUGCAGCCUGUGGAUCCCAGCACAAUCAAGAGGCUCCACAACCCAGACCCUUAUCUGGACCUGUGCAUGUUACCUGUACAUUGAUGAUGUGCACAUGGGGUCACAGUGCACACUGGUCACUGUCAUGGCUUCAGUGACCUGGCAAUAUGUCAAAGACAUUUGUCCUGUUGGUUUGGUGUUGACCUGUCAAAUAAACCCUUCCUGUCAGUUUCC